CUGGGCACUACUUGAUUUGUGUGUUAGUGGAAGCAGCUCUUGCACAAGGCGCAUUGGUUUGUGUUUACUUCAUUCAGGUGUGGAGCUAAGUCUGAAUCGAAACGAAAGCAAUAGAUUCUGCUUUCGCAGACAGCAUCGAUAUAGGAGAGAAAUUUUGUGGUAGGGUUUUGUGGCAAACCUUGUACACUCGAGUCCAAAGCUAAGACAUUAGAAACAGAUGGAUUUUAAACCAUGAUGUAGUGAGUAUGGAUCUGAUAUGCCCCUUGUGGCCGUAAACAUAAUUUUGGGGAUAUGAACGGUAGUGAAGCGUCCCGAACUGGAGUGAGGACGUUCCCUCGGUAUUGUCUACGUUGCUGCUGCUGCUCUAGCUUGUGAUUCCUCGUGGCGAGAAGAAUGAGCAUUAAAUGUGGCUGAAGUUUGCAAAUAUAUGUGACCAAGAGAAUCAAUACUAAGGAUCUGGAAGGCAUUAUUGUCUCUUAACAACAACCAUUAAAAUUUUCUUCGAAGACCAAACAACUAAACUGAACAACCUCAAAAUAAACCAACUAAGAUGAAUUGUACUUGGAAAUCGUGCAAUUAAUCAUGGUUAUUGGGAAGACUGGACCAAUUUCUACCUUGAACCAAGACGUAAAAUUGAACACAUUCACUUCAUUGUAUCCUGAAUUUCUCGGCAAGUGAUUUUCUCCAAAGCUAGUCAUCACUAGACCCCAAGAGCAGAACGAACAUUACUUUUGCAGAAGCAUGUCCAAAAACACCGAGAUUGUCAAUCUGUCAUUCCUGUUGGACGAUGAAAAGAAAAUGAUUCUAGAAGUUUUAAACCGAGAUGAAGUGUUGAGAAAAGCUGAAGAGAAAAGAAUAAGGAAAUUAAAGAAUGAGCUCAUCAAAAUCCGUGGUACCGGGGUGAAUCGAAGAAGGCAGCAAGUUAAUGAAAGAGUCUGUAAACGAUGCCAGAAGCCACUUGGCCUAAUCUUCUUUAGAGGGGACUCGUGUCAGAUGUGCAAUGAUCGUGUGUGUGCUGAAUGCCGUGUUAUCACCAAAGACGGGAGCUGGAAAUGCACGGCUUGUGCUAAAAUUGCGCAGUUGAGGGAGGUCACUGGUGAAUGGUUUUUUGAAGAGAGAGCAAAACGUUUUCAAAAUGUUUCAGUGCUGGGAAGUGAAAUCAUCAGGCAAUCCAUCAAAAAAGCCACAGAAACAAAGUCUGAGCAAUCAAAGGGUAAAGCACAGCAGAAAAAUACAGAGGAAACGUCAAAGUCGUCCACAGUAGCCAGAAAUGAGAAGAAAGCAGUUCCAGAUGCAUUUAAAAAGUUGAAAAAACGGGCCAAAUCUAACCUGAAAGCACUGAGUGAUCAGGGAUUAGAUACAGACGAUGGAAGAAGCAAUGGCUAUACAGGCUCAGAUUUCGAAAUGGAAAGCAUAUAUUCUUCAGGUCACUCUGGCAGGAUGGCUACACCAGUACCACAAGUCUCACCAGCAUCCAGUAAACGAAGCCUUGUAUCAGAUUAUGGCAAGAAGGCAAGAUCUACAGAAAAUAUUGACACUCUAUCAAUGAGUAACAGUGUGACUGAGGGCCUGUCCAAGGGAAUGCACACUCUGCCUACAAUAGCAAUUUCAAAAUAUUCAAUUUCAUCAGAUCGAAGCAGAUCUGAGUUGGACUUGAGUGGAUCCUGUGCAUCAGGGAUUGAAGACUCAGUCAGCCUCAGAUGUAAAUCUGUCCCUAGAGGUCUCAAUGAAGCCACGGAUUACCUUGACGAAGAUGAAUUUGAUGAAGAAGACAUUGAUGAUUUGGUCUCUAUGUAUCGCCCAAACAGUGAGAGAACCAGUCUGGGAAGUGGGUUUUCUGUAACCAGUUUAAAUAGCAUGAUGAGUGUCUACAGUGAAACUGGAGAUUAUGGCAAUGUAAACAUCAGUGGGGAAAUUCUCCUUGGAAUCAAUUACAGCUACCGAAGUGGAGCAUUAAGCAUCUCUGUGAAAGAAUGUCGCAAUUUAGCUAUUGCUGAUGAGAAGAAGCAGAGAACUGAUCCCUAUGUGAAGAUGUACCUCCUCCCAGACAAAUCUCGUCAAAGCAAACGCAAGACCAAGAUCAAAUCCAAUACCACAAAUCCAGUUUUCAAUGAAACAUUAAGGUAUGUAAUUAAUCACACACAACUGGAGACGAGGACUCUACAAGUCUCUGUCUGGCACUAUGACAGGUUUGGACGGAACAGCUUCCUGGGUGAAGUGGAGAUACCAUUUGACUCCUGGGACAUUGAAAAGCAAGUUGAGGAUUGGUUUCUCCUGCAGCCUAAGAUUGAGUCUGCAGUUGACAGUGUCCUACAAUACAAAGGGGAACUGACAAUUUCAUUGCGCUAUACGCCAGUUGGUCAGCACUUAAACCUUCCACCAGAACAAGGAAAAGCUAAAAGGAGUUUCAUUAAAGGAAAGACAAGUUCUCCCCAGGCGUCAAAUGGUGGAAUUGUGGAGGUGCUCAUUAAGGAAGCAAGAAAUUUAACUGCAGUAAAAAGUGGAGGAUCUUCAGAUACUUUUGUAAAAGGAUAUUUACUUCCUGAUGACAACAAAGCUUCUAAGAACAAGACACAUAUUGUUAAAAAGAGUGUAAACCCCCAGUGGAACCAUAUCUUCACUUAUACUGGCUUACACCUCAGUGAUCUACAAAAUGUAUCUAUUGAACUAACCAUCUGGGAUAAAGAGUCACUUUCCAGCAAUGUUUUCCUUGGCGGCAUUCGACUUGGUCAUGGCAAUGGUCAUAGCUAUGGGAUUGCAGUUGAUUGGAAUGAUGCCCAAGGGGAAGAACAACACAUCUGGCUCCAAAUGAUAGCAAACCCAGGUGUCUGGGCAGAGAGCACAAUAAUGCUAAGAGCCAGCAUGGGGAAGCGCAAAUUUUGAACCUGCACAUGCAAUGUAAAAUUAAAUAUAUUAUCAAGCCGCAGUUCUUAAGGAUAAAAAUACUGAGUUCUAUAUGUGAAAGAAAAUAUUUAUAGCUGUAUUUUCACUUUUUAAUUUGUGUAAAUAAUAUUUCCUUGGGUUUUUAAAUAGUUCAGUUUUGUAAAAAAAAAAUCAAUUAAGGUCACCUUUACUAGCACAGCAUUUGGAAAAAAUGAAUAUUCUGUCUAGCCUCUGUGUCCAGCUCUAGCUUAAUAAACAGGAAUUGUUGAAGAUUUGAUGACCUUUCAAUAUAGCAACCAAGUUUCUAGUUUUAGUCCUAGAUAGCACCACCAAAGAGAUUAACUGUGGGUGAAACGUGGUUAGCAGUUUCAAUGAUAACUGGAUACAGAUGGUUUUCCUGCAGCAGCUGCUUGUGAAGAUAAUAACCACCACAGAUGUGAAAAUACAAAGUACAGAGGAAAUCUCUCCCUGUCCUCUUGUAACAAAGCCUGUUAUUUCUACUGUGUGCAAUCAAUUGGUCGUAUUAAAAUGAUAUUUAUUUCCCUCUUGGGUUUCCUAUACUACACGUUCUUACUGGGAGGCAUUAGGGUUAGGACGAUGCAAGGUGUGAAGGAGAAGGAUAUUCACGAACCAAUGUCUACCUUUGCCUUUCUCCCACCUGACACCAUUUAUUCUCAACAGGCCUUUGGACCUACUAACAAGUCCUAGUAAAUGGGAUGGUGUCAUUUAAAACUGGUUCAGCUCCAAAAAUUACAGAACCAAAUGUCAGUAAAAUUGAACGUGCAGUAACUGCACAGUCAGAUUGCGCUAUCAGGGUAAAUGAAUCCUGAAAGUUAUUAAAACAUUAAUUUGCCUUUAUAACUCAAAGAUUGUAUACUUACAGUGUAAAUAUCACACCAAAGCUAUGUUUGAUAAUCUUUCUGGAUUCUAACAGAAUGCAAAAUGACAACAAAUUAAUUCAGCUGUAGUUACAGCAACAGUUGUAGUUACAGUUCUGCAUUUACCAUCAGUAGAAUUAAGAAUUUCAUCCAGAGUCAACCAAAAUAUUUUCAUGUUUAAAAAUAUGUUUACUUCAUGGGAAGGAUGCAUUCUUAUUUGGGCUCAAGGGUUACCGGUUGGAAGUAAAGUUAUCACAUAGCUAACACCAUUUGUUUACAGAGUGCUUGCUUAACAUACGUGCUGUAAGGGAGAAGAACGAGUGUGGAAUAAGCACUCACUAUUUGCAAUUUCCAUACAACAAGCCUUAUGUGAAGUUUUGAUGUAAUUCUCUGAAGUUAGAGAAUCAUGUGGCCUCAGAUGAAAUUGAUGAUACUGACUGAACUACUGAGCCAUUGGCAGGGGAAAGUGUGAGAUAAUAUAAAAGAUGUUUCGCUAGAGGUAUCUAGUGAAUGCACUACUACAUCAGUAGGGCCAGUGCAAUACUGAUAAUAGUGUAAUAUUUUAUGUUAAAGAUUUAAAUAUAUUUAAACUGCUAUUAUAUAUCUAUUACGGUUCUACAUUAUCACAGUUCCUUGUCAUCAAUACUCUGCAAAUUAAAUGUGAUAUUAUUCUAAUGGCUUAGUAUUUAAAUUUUCUGUAUAAAUAUUGAAAAGAGACAGUACUGCAAAAGUAAUCAUACCGUACAUGUCAGCAUUGAUGGAUAUUCAUCAUUGUUAUAUGUUACUGCUGGAUCACUGCAGAAGAUGUUGCCUAAGUCAAAAUGUUUUUUUUUCCCCCACUGGCUCUUGCAAGGAUCAAAGAGGUAGUUAUAUGCACAGUAAUU